AUGGAAUCCCAGUCCGGGGACUUUCCCUCAGCCUCCCCCGGCCCGGUUGACCUCCCCAAUGGCAAGCGACGCUGGAGGCGCAACCGAGUCGCCUGCGAUUCCUGCCAUACUCGCCGCGUCCGCUGCGAUCGCGCCUUUCCCUGUUCGCGCUGUCUACGGAGCGACAUCCACUGCGAAUUCACUCGCGAGCGUCGGAAACGAGGGCGCAUUGCGCGCUCCAAGAUGGAGACCGAGGCGACCGAGGCGACUGAUUCGACUUCGAACUAUGCGGCCGGAAAAGAAUCGAACGGAGACCACAAAGCCACUCCCCAGUCGGCCGUGUCGCCGUUGCAGCAGAGCUCGCCCGGGUCAGCCUUUCGCCAUCGCUCACCCACAACCAACGAUGUCAGCCUAUCUGCGCCCAGUGUAGAUGGCCCGCAUUCGAUCGGGAAUGGCUCUCGCCCGCAGCGAGCCGGUCCGGAAGGGAAUGCGACGGAAGAGUGGUUAUCAGCCGCGCAUCUUUCUCCAGACUCCUACGAUAUGCUGGGUGGUUUGAAUGGGACCAACGAGCCGACGCCACCAUUGGCAGAUAUUUGGAACUCUGCUGAUCUCGCAGGCCAUACGCAUCGACCCCCUCAAAUCCCCUCGUCGAUCUCCACGCAGAAGCUACCGAGCCAGGGACAAGCGUCGGCGGAACGGCCGGGCCUGAAGUACCCUGUACUGGAGCCGGUGAUGCCGUUCCUGGAGUCGAAUCUUCCGCGCCGCUUGGUAUGCGACCUACUCGAGCUCUACUUCACCAGUGCAUUCUCAACCCAUAUGCACCCCGUCUGUCACCACAUUCAUUGCUACGUCUUGCGAAAAGUUUCUUUUCUAAGCACGGACUCCCCGCGACCCAGCAGCCCGGCUUUGCUGGCCAGCAUGCUCUGGGUAGCUGCGGUGGAUGAUCGAGCGUUUUCCCUCUCCAUCUCACCGCUGCAGCGCCGGAAGAUUUGUCAAUUUUUGUGCGCGCUGACGAUCCGCCUCCUUCGACCACUUAUCCACGUUUCCUUCAAAGAUCAGGAGCAGGCUGAGAACGCCGGCGGGCCCCAGGACUUUGCCGCAGCCGCGGCACAACACCCCUUCGAAGGCGUGGGUGACGACAAAGGGCUGGUGGGCCCCGCUGGAUCUCUCGAUGAUGUGAUUACGUAUAUUCACGUUGCGUCCAUCAUCUCGUCCAGUGAGCAAAAGGCUGCCAGUAUGCGAUGGUGGCACGCGGCAUUCACGCUGGGCCGAGAGCUCAAACUGAACCAGGAAAUUGAAGUUACAACCAACCUAGAUGGUCAAUCGGAGGGAUCCAGCCCAUCAUUUGGCUACCUGGCAGGGUGGACUAGCUCCCCCGGUGGCCCCUCUUUUGACUAUUCGAACCCAUCUCGACCGAGUUUAAACUGCGUCUGUGAAGAAAAGCACGGCUCCCACAACAAUUCUGCCGUGACCGAGGAGCACCGGGAGGAGCGCCGCCGGACCUGGUGGCUGUUGUAUAUUAUGGAUCGACACCUCGCUCUAUGCUACAAUCGGCCCCUCGCCCUACUCGACGCCGAGAGCGAAGACCUGCUUCUUCCACUAGAUGAGAGCUCCUGGCAGUCUGGGAACAUCCACAGCAAUAGCCCUCGCGCGGAUGGACCACAGUGUGUGCGAUCCGGCGACCGGAACAAGCGGCGUAUGUUCCCCAACUUCGUCUGUCACGAUCACUCCAUUCUAGGGUUCUUCCUGCCCCUUAUGACCAUCACCGGUGAAUUGAUCGAUCUCAACCAAGCGCGAAACCACCCAACGCUGGGCCUCCGAUUACAAGGAAAGGAGGUUUGGGAAGUGCAUGUGGCCGAGGUGCUGCGACAGCUGGAGGUUUACAAAGCAAGUCUUGCAACCUUUGUUGCCGCUACCGCCGCGGACCCGGAGGCUUCGCUCUCGACCGCGUACCCCAACAAGCCAAAUCAUUCGGUCGAUGCCCAAACCUCUCAGGCCUACUCGUGGCAUACCCAAACCGUCAUCGCCUAUUCCUCGUACCUGGUCCAUGUGCUCCACAUUCUCCUGGUCGGGAAAUGGGACCCGGUCUCGCUGAUCGAGGACAAGGACUUUUGGACGUCAUCUCCGGCAUUCGCGUCCACCAUUUCGCACGCAUUGGAAGCGGCCGACUCGGUGCAGCAAAUCCUCCGAUUCGACCCCGAUAUCAGCUUCAUGCCGUACUUCUUUGGCAUCCAGCUGCUUCAAGGGAGCUUCCUUUUGCUGCUCAUUGUUGAACGCCUCCAAAAGGAAGCGGGCGAGGGUAUCCUCAAUGCCUGCGAGACUAUGAUCCGAGCGACCGAAUCUUGCGUCGUGACCCUGAACACGGAGUACCAGCGAAGUUUCCGACAGGUGAUGCGCAGUGCGGUCGCGCAGGCUCGGGGCCGCCCGGUGAAUCCCAGUGAGAUUCGACAUCGUCGCAAAGCCGUCCUUGCGCUCUAUCGAUGGACGCGCAAGGGGACUGGCUUGGCUCUUUGA